ACGAUCUUGAGUCAACGACCUGGCGACAAUUCACAAGUGGACCGACCGCAGAGUAUUCUUGCAGCACCCUGACCUCAAAAAUCGAUCAAACAAAAUGUCGAAGCGGAUCUCGUACAAAGUUCACGGGACGGUACAGGGAGUCAACUUCAGAGCAUGGACUACCAACAAGGCCGAAGGUCUGAACCUGACGGGAUUCGUGAGGAACUCCAAUGACGGCACCGUCAUCGGAGAGGCACAAGGCAGUGAAAGCUCGAUCGAGAAAUUCGUCCAACAUAUCCAUAUGGGCCCAUCAGCGGCGAAGGUGUCUAAGGUAGAAACGGAGGAUAUGACCAACGUCGACGGGGAAUCCAUCUUCAAGCAAAUCCGGACUUGAACUUGGUAAUGACCACUUACAGAUGACUGUAGAGAACGCGGACAUGAAGGAGAUCAUACACCGUGCACAUUUGCAAUCCCAGACAGAUCAGUCAGCGGGUCUAAGACUAGCUUUGGCAUACGCCUGGCAGCUCUUAAUACAUUAGUUUUCCAAACUGAGACUCGUCCUUUGCCGCCGAUCUUAGCUCCAUGUGCGAGAAGCAUUCGUAUCGCACAUUGAGCUUUGUCGUCAGGACACCACUGCCGGGCCCUUCGAAUUAGCAUUGAAAUAUGUCGGGGUUGAACUUCAGCACCAGAUUCGAGCAAUAAUUUUAACGAGGAGAGCUGAAUUUUAUCAACAGCGGUAUCGAGCGGUCGAUAUGACCGUGGAAUUGAUAGGCAAUCAACAUCAGCACCAUAUUCUACCAG